UUUCGAUUCAUCGCAAUUGAUAUUAAAUGCCAGGCCGUAUUUCUGUCAUCGUUGGACAAGUAAUAUGGUUCAAGAGAUCAUUUGUGUGUAUGUAUGUGUGUGCGUGCGCUAAGUUAGUUCUUUGUUGGCAUUUAACAUUUAACAUAAACGAAGAAGAAGAAGAAGAAGAAGUGUUAACUAUAAUUCCGUGCAGUGUAUUACUACUGUUUCCCUAUAUAAAAGAGAACACAAUAAGAAGGACGACGAUGUUUGCUUUCCGCAUCAAAAAGGAACAUCUCGUAACCGACGUUGCAGUGACGUAUUCGUGAGGGGCUUGUCUCCCCUCCUGAUAAAUCUCCUCCAACCAACCAACCAACCCAACCACCCACCCACUCACCUUCGCUAAAGAAAAUCAGGAAACGUGCAACUUUUGUCUUCUGUGCGUGUGGUGGUGGUGGUGGUGGUGUGUGUGUUUUUCUUUUCCUUUUUUUUCUUUUUCUUUUUAAUCGAUGUCGAACAUGUUCGCAUGUCCUAGGGAGGCCGUACGUGUCAAAGUCAAGAAAUGCGAGACCAGACACCAACCGGAAUAUCGAAAAUUCAGUGUAGAUCCACAAAUAACAUCGAUCGAAGUUCUUCAAAGUAUACUAAUCAAAGCAUUCGAUAUCAAAGGAGAAUUUACAGUCUCGUAUCGGGCGAUAGAUGAUUAUGGCACGGAGACGUAUUUGUUCCUCCUCUCGGAUUGGGAUUUGGAUGCAGCGUUUAUCAGUGCUUCAGAACCUUACCUCUAUCUGCAAGUGAAUUUGAAGCCGUUCGGUGAAACUGACGAUUGCGACUGUUAUUGGGAACAGAAUGCACAGGAAGUGGCAACAAGACAACAGGAAACUGGAUUUCCUUAUAAAACACCAAAGUUACCCGGCCUCAUAAUGAAUAAGAUGGAAAGAACAUUGAACAUGGUACAACGAGCAUUGGGUAAUUUGAGCGAGGAAUCUUCACACCAACAAAGUGUUCAACCACCAAGGCCACCAUUGAUGGAUGCGGAAUUUCGUCGUUUCUUAGAUCCCAUCGGUCAGGUGAUACAUUCUAAAGAAUUAAGGGCAGUUAUUUAUUUCGGUGGGAUCGAACCAAGUUUACGUAAAGUCGUUUGGAAACAUAUUCUAAAUGUUUAUCCCGAAGGUAUGUCUGGACGUGAAAGAAUGGAUUAUAUGAAAAGAAAAGCACAGGAAUAUCAAAAUCUUCGUGAAAGGUGGCGAGUAUUGGUACAAAAGGGUCAAAACGUUGGUGAUCUUGGAUACGUAACUAGUAUGGUUAGAAAAGAUGUUCUUAGAACUGACAGACAUCAUAAAUUUUAUGGUGGUUCGGAUGACAAUCAAAACACGGCAAGUUUGUUCAAUAUAUUGACUACAUAUGCUUUGAACCAUCCGAGUGUUAGUUAUUGUCAAGGUAUGAGUGAUUUAGCAUCACCACUUCUAGUCACCAUGAGAGACGAAGCUCAAGCUUACAUUUGUCUUUGUGCUCUUAUGAGAAGAUUAAAAGAUAAUUUUAUGUUGGACGGUAUCGCGAUGACGACCAAGUUUGCUCAUCUUGCCGAAGGUUUACAACAUUACGAUCCAGAAUUUUACGCUUAUCUGAAAUCACAUCAAGCUGACGAUCUUUUAUUUUGUUAUCGGUGGCUUUUAUUAGAAAUGAAACGAGAAUUUGCCUUGGAUGACGCUUUGAGAAUGUUAGAAGUACUUUGGGCUGCACUUCCAGCCCAACCACCAAACGGUGAACUUAAUCUCGCUGAAGUACCCUUCCCACCACCCUCCCCACCUCCUAGUCCUAAUAUUAAACACAUACGUGAGAAUGCUUAUACAAAAGUAUGCGCGAUUAGACGGCAAAGUUCAUCGGCCAGUAUUGCCGCUAAUGGAAAACGAAAAAAUAUCAGCAUGGAAGAAUCGGUAAUGCAAUCAACAUUGGAAAGAAACGGUGACACUAAAAGAUCGAAUUCCCCGUAUGAGACAUCCUCGGAACCGGAAAAUGAUUUGACCACGACUAAAAAUCGUCGUAAUUCUGAAUCCACUGAAAAAUGUUACAGUACUGAUUCAUUAUCUGGAAACUUAUCCGGAAAAACAAAACGGGUUAAUUUAAUGGAAUUGAAAGAUAGAUUGUCUCUGCAAAAUAAAGAUCAAAUUAAAGUUAACGAUCAAUUUGAUACUCCGGAAAAAAAGUGCGUCAGGGUUGUCAAGAAUUUGAACGAAUUUUUAAAUUUCACUAGCUUGAAUAGAAAUAAAGUAACGCCUAGCGAUACCGAGCCGGAACUUAGAAGAGUUUCGAGCGAAAGUGGUGUACUCAGAGUUCUCAGGGACGAACCAAGUUCACCGGAUGAUCCAACUGAUUUUUUCCCAAUGACUACAUCAAUGACUAGAGAAUUAAGACUGGAAUUGGAGUCACUUGAUCGACAAGUUUUUGGUCCUUCGCCACCGAGCGAACAACAAUGUGAUUGCGUAUUAUCGAAACGAGAAAGCGAAUUGGCAGAAAGCGAAACGGAAACGGAAUUAGCUAGAUGUAGUCCAGUAGCGGACGUAUUUGUAUGGGAAAAUCCAUUACAUACAUUGCAACAAAAGCAUCACCCUGCUACACCAGACGAACAAGCUGAUCUCGAAUACGACGGAGAAAUAUUGGAAGAUCAAAAUGGUGUUAAAUCCGUAACACCUAUCAGAUUACUCAAACGAAAUGCAAGAUCUGAAUCUGCAUCGGAUAGCGAGGGUACAGAAAGUUGGCAUCAGAAUACAGAAGCACCAGAGAGUCCAACAAAACAAACGGUUCAAGAACAUUGCGAGGAAGCUACGGAACUUACAAAUUUAAUUCCAGCAGGUACAAGCGAGGAUCAAUCGGGAGAAAAUUCAUUACCACCACCUAACGAAUUUGGCGGUGGUAAUCCCUUCCUAAUGUUUUUGUGUAUUACAUUAUUGUUACAACACAGAGACUUUGUUAUGCGUAAUCAAAUGGAUUACAACGAAAUGGCAAUGCAUUUUGAUAAAAUGGUUAGGCGACACAAUGUGAUUAGAGUACUUAAUCAGGCAAGACAAUUAUUUGCCGGUUAUUUAAGAAGACAUUCCGUGACAUCGGCUAUUGUCAAAUCGGACUGUGUGAACGUUUAAAACGAAAAAAAAGAAAGAAAGAAAGGAAAGAAAGGAAGAAGAAAAUGGAAAAAAACGAAACACAAAAAUAAUGAUAACAUAUUUUCCCAAUGGAGUUCUUCCAAUUGACAAAUACGUACGUGUGGAAUAAUUAAAACAUAAUAUAUUCUAUUACGUACGCAAACCAUAACUAAUUCGAACGGGGCUUAUUAAACGCGCACAUAUCUCAUCCUCUUCUUUCCUCUUGCGUAUUCCUUAAGCGCACGUGUAAUCUAUGCCAGUAAAAUAAACUGUUCCAUAGCACUCGUUGAUCGAAAGCUCUCCUAUUCCCAGCCCACUCAAACCCACCCACCCCAUCGGUCCCCUUUUUGCAAUAUUUUACUAGAUACAAAAGAACGAAUAUAAAAAUAAAAAAUAAAAAAAUAAAAAAAAAACAAAGACGCAAAUAUUCGUCGCGUUAAUAGAAAUUAUACAUGUGUAGAAUUUUGACGACGCGUGCCUUCUUGAAACGGUAUUCAGCCUUAGCCGGAUUUUUAAUAGGCACAUACGUUAAAAGAAAUCUAAAAUUUACAAAAAAAAAAAAAAAGAGAAAAUAUUAAAUUUAAAUUUAAAAAAUAAUAAGCCCCGUUUAUGAAACUAAGCGAUUGCUUACGCACGACACAUCAUAUCUCAAAUAAGAAUUGCACAAUAUCAUCAGCACCGCGUCGAUGAACCCUUUUUGUCGGCGAACAAAAACAAACACACACACACACACACACACACACACACAUACUCUUUUCGGUCGUACCUCGAAUUAGGAUUAAAUCCUCCCUCUAGCUUAAAUCUGUAAAAUAUGUAUCUUAAAACUAUUUUAGCGGCUACAACUCUUAAUUUGUUCUCAAACGGGUUAUGCUUGAGAAACGACAAUAAAGUGCAUUUAAUUUUAUCUCUA